AUGGCGUACUACCUUACAGAUGGAAUUUAUCCGAAUUUGUCAACAUUUAUCCAAUCCAUCCCACUUCCUCAACGUCCUAAAGCAGAGCUAUUUGCUCGACGUCAAGAAUCCGUCAGAAAAGAUGUCGAACGUGCUUUUGGAAUAUUGCAAGCGAGGUUUGCAGUAGUUAAAAACCCAGCUCUACUAUGGGAUAAGGAAAAAAUAGGAAAGAUUAUGAAAACUUGUGUCAUACUCCACAAUAUGAUAGUAGAGAACGAACGCGACGGAUACACUCAGUAUGAUACAUCUGACUUCGAAGCAGGAGAGUCAAGCCGAAGUUCCAAGGUUAAAAGGAGAAAAAGUGUGAAUGUCCCUAUGCUUGACAUUCGCAAUCAAAUUCGGGAUCCACAGAUACAUGAUCGUUUGAAAGCUGAUUUAGUUGAAAUGUAUGGGAAAAAUAUGGUUCAGUAA